GAGAACUAUACGUCACAGUGACGUAUUUUUAAGUGGACAGAAGUAAAUAACUUUUGUUACGCUGUUUUAUUGUUACAAUAAGAUUAACACAUUACAUUAAUUGACGAGGUAGAAGUGAAUGAUCCGAUGCCUUAUUUUUAAAGAUAACAAUCAGCUCUAAAAGUAUAAUGCCUUUCACACGAGAUAACGUUCAGAAGUGGCUUUGGUAGCUUGCUAACAAGCUAGCCCCCGCUGUCUCAUCGAAGACUCGUCAGCGCUGGUCCCUCUUCACAGAGACACCGGCGAACAUUUGGAAGGAUGGCAAGUGUACACGAAAGUUUGUAUUUCAACCCGAUGAUGACCAACGGGGUGGUCCAUGCUAAUGUUUUCGGGAUUAAAGACUCGGUCACUCCGUAUAAAAUCUCCCUACUGGCUUUACUGUACGAGAUGACAUCGUUUAAGAUCACUCUGCCGGAAAGAAGACGCCUGAACAAACUCAUCUUACCGCUACAGCAGAGCUCUGACCUGUCUCUUGGCCAGUUCCUCAAGACUGUGGGAGAGUGUUGUCCUGAGACUGCGUAUUCUGUCAAAAUAAGCCUUCAUGAAAUGGUUGAUGGUGAGCUAAAGGACAUGGAGCAUUUCUUUUCGACUCCUAUCACGCCAUUCACAGCUUUUGAUUCAGAGGCGUAUAAAACCAGUGUUGUGGGUCUUUUCAUGAGACACAUGCUCCUAGCCUAUAACAAGCUUUCCUUUAGUCAAGUGUACAAGUUGUACAAGUCCCUGCAGCAUUACUACCACAGCAAUUACUCCAAGCCCACAGAGGGCCAAGUGGGUUUGAUGUCUCUGGCUGUGGAUGACUUUGAUAUGGAUCUCACCAGCACUGAGGAUGCAGUUGGGGACCGAUUAGACAGGGAGGAGGGGGACAACUCUCCAGACGAAUUGGAAAUUCGGCCUGAAAACACUCCAAGCCGAGGUCCCCUGUCACAAAAACAAGCCGAGUACUUUCUUGCGAGACAGGCGUACCUUCUGAAGAACGACGAGAACAAAUCUUUAAAGCCUGCAUUGCUGCAGGAGGAAGUCAACAACAUGCUCAAGUUUAACCCAGACUUUGCUGAGGCGCACUACUUGAACUAUCUGAACAGCAUCAGAGUACAGGACAUCUACCUCUCCACCCACAGUCUCUUACAUUAUUUCGACCGCCUCAUCUUAUCCGGAAAUGAAGGAAAAAGCAAUGGAGAAGAAGGCUACAGCAGAAAUCUUCGCUACGCCACUCUAAACUUGGCCAGCCUUCACUGUCGCUUUGGGCACUACCUGCAGGCUGGUCUGGUUCUGCAGGAGGCCAUGCGCAUCGCCCAAGAGUCCAACGAUCAUGUCUGCUUGCAGCACUGUUUGAGUUGGCUCUAUACACUGGAACAGAUGAAGGGAUGCGACAGCACCGUUUUAACUGAAGAUUCUGUUAAAAUGGCUGUUCAUUUCUGCCUGCCGUACCUUGCAUCGCUUGGCAUCCAGUCAUUGGUCCAGCAGGGCACAAGACAGGGCAAAACGGCACACAAGCUGAUGGAUGCGCUUAAGGACACGGACGUCCUGCACUGGAAGCACAGCCUGUCGGAGCUGAUCGAGAUCAGCUUGGCUCAGACUACAUCCAUAUGGAGGAUGUACGGCAAAAGCACCAUGGCUCUGCAGCAGGCCCAACUGCUCCUCCACAUGAGCAGCUUGGAACCGGUCAAUUAUGGGGUCGAGCAGAACAACACGGAGGCCUUCGCCGUGGCUCUCUGCCAUCUGGCUGAAUUGCAUGCUGAGCAGGGCCUGUACGCUGCCGUUUCAGACAUCCUCCAGCAUCUGAAAGAUCAGUUUCCUGCUCACACACAGCACGCCAAGCUCUGGAUGCUGUGUGAUCAAAAAAUCCAGUUUCAGAGGCACAUGAUUGAGGGGCAAUACAAUUUGGCAGAGCAACUGGUCCCUUCCAUUUCUGCUUUAAACAAAACAGAGGGCCUCUACAGGAAAGUACAAGUUUUAAAAGUUCUCCAUCGAACCACUGAGGCCUACAGCAUCUUGCAGCGACUACAAGUGCACUGCGAGAAGACCAAAUGCACAGAGAUGAUCAUCAGAGUAAUGCUUUCCACGGCUGAGCUCCACUGGGAAUCUUCCGGCUUCUCCACAGCCCUUCCUCUCCUUUUCCAAGCCUUGGCUCUGGCCCGACAGCACCACCUUCAGUCGCUGGCCUCAGAGACCCUCCUUCACCUGACCUUUACACAGUUGAUGUUGGGCGUGCCUGAGCAGGCACUUCUUGUCCUGCAUGAAGCCAUUGAGCCUGUUCUGGCCCAUGGAGCGCUGGUGGACAAAGGGCGUGCCCUGCUGCUGGCAGCGCGCUGUCAGAUGGCUGUUGCUGGAUUCAGGCCAAAUAGACAAGGGCAAACAGCAGAUUUGCAUGUUGUGGUUUCGGCGGUGGACAUGUUAAAUGAGGCUGCAGUUUAUUUCUCCAAGCUGAACUGCAAGGAGCAUCUGCGGGAGGUCCACUACCUGCAGGCUCAGCUGUACCAUUCUCUGGGACAAACGUCACAACGCAACAAAAGUGCCAUGCUCUUUCGCCUGUUGGACCAGGACCUGCAAUCACCAGCACUGCCGCUCUCCAUGCGCCUCUAACUCUCUUUGAGCAAAUAAGAAGACUAAACCAGCCACUAGAUGGCAGUAAGGCUCUAUUCUUCUUGGUUCUGCUCCCAGCCCCUUGACCUUGAACAUGUAUUGAUACCAACAAGAGGAGAAUGUGAAUCGCAUGCUGUUGUGUUCCUGCAUCAACCAAACGCACUCAGCACUGUGAGUUUUGCGUAGAACCAAAGUAUACCUUCCACCUCCACUUCUAAAACAACAAUUUCGAAUGGUGUUCAAGUCGCCUCCAGGUUAGAAUGAUGACACAUUGCUCAAUAUAACAUGGUUUCAUUGCUUGCGCCACAACAGUGAGCCCAGGUGUCAGACACUGCUCGAUAUGGCGAAAGUUUAUCAUGCAUUGUCAUUCCACUGCAGCUUUUUGAUGAAUGGAGGUAAUCUUGCCGUUUCACUGGCCUGGAUAAUAUUCACAGUCUGCCAGGAGAAUACUGAUGAUGAAUCCACAGGAGGAAAUUGUGAUUCCACUUAGAAUGUAGACAUAACUAGCCGCUGUCUGGAUUCCACUUAUCUUUGGCACGCUGUGUGAAGAAUGAUAACGUCUAUCUUCUCUGACUGGACAUUUUCCCCCCUCAAUAUAUAAAUAUGUUAAUAGUUUUGUCAUACUUUGUUCAUCUUCGUCUGACGUAUAAGAGUUGGAGACAACUAAAAGCUUUUACCGUAUGUACACUGUAUGAAUAAAAUUAUUGAAGCUUUUAAUGAA